AUGAAUGCCCUCAACCUCCUCCCAUCCCGGUUCCGGGGGGAGCAACCGCCGUCACAGAAUGUGGCACCGUCCUGGCUUAAUAAGAAGAUCACACCGUUCCUCCAGGUCCUCGCUCGGAUCACGUCGACCCACCCGAUUCACACUAUUGUCCUUGUUGCGCUUUUGGCCAGCUCUUCAUACAUUGGGCUCCUCGAAGAGAGCUUGUUCGAUGCCACAACAAGUGUCAGAAAGGCGGACUGGUCCUCGCUCGUUGAGGGAAGCCGGCAGCUUCGCGCUGCCGAAGACACUGCUUGGAAAUGGCAGAACUACGACGCCGAUGCCCCGAUUCCUCCUACUGCCGAUCACCUGGCUCUCCUGACGCUCGUCUUCCCCGAGUCGUUGUCCGCCGAUGCGUCCAAGACCGCUCCGGUUGUCAAUGCGGUGCCCAUUCCCCAGAACCUCUCGAUUCGACAGCUGCCUUCGACUUCAAACUCUUUCGGGACCUACUCGCAAGACAGUGCUCUGGCUUUCUCCAUUCCAUAUAGCCAGGCUCCCGAGUUCCUCUCGAUUGCCCAGGAAAUUCCGAACGACAUUCCUUCGCAGGAGACGCGCGAGACGGAGCACGGGCGGGAAAAGAAGAUGUGGAUCAUGAAAGCAGCGAGGGCGCGUACCAGGAGCAGUGUUGCGAAAUGGGUGCGGAAUGCCUGGGUCGAGUUCAUUGACCUGCUGAAGAACGCUGAGACGCUGGACAUCAUCAUCAUGGCCCUGGGCUACAUCUCGAUGCAUCUCACUUUCGUCUCGCUCUUUGUUUCGAUGCGGCGCAUGGGCUCCAACUUCUGGCUCGCUACUAGUACUUUAUUCUCGUCUAUUUUCGCCUUUCUCUUCGGCCUCCUCGUCACCACCAAGCUCGGCGUGCCCAUCUCCAUGGUCCUACUAUCGGAAGGCCUCCCGUUCUUGGUCGUGACUAUCGGCUUUGAGAAGAACAUCGUACUCACCCGUGCGGUUCUGUCCCACGCGAUCGAGCACCGCAGGCCAGACGGGCCGUUCGCCGAGCGUUUCAAGAAGGCAGAUGUGUCAGGCAGCGUCAUCCAGUCGGCCAUCUAUGUCGCGAUCAAAGAAAAGGGAUUUGGGAUCAUCAAGGACUACGCCAUCGAGGUGGGCAUCUUGAUCCUCGGCGCUGCAUCAGGCGUUCAGGGUGGCCUCCAACAAUUCUGCUUCCUAGCUGCUUGGAUCCUAUUUUUCGACUGUAUUUUGCUGUUCUCCUUCUACACGGCCAUCCUUUGCAUUAAGCUCGAGAUCAACCGCAUUAAGCGCCAUGUCGAGAUGCGCAAGGCGCUCGAGGAUGACGGAGUCAGCCGGCGCGUGGCCGAGAACGUCGCUCAGAGCAAUGACUGGCCCAGAGCCGACGGCAAGGAUCAGCCGGGAACGACCAUCUUUGGCCGCCAGCUCAAGAGCACUCAUAUUCCCAAGUUCAAGGUGCUGAUGGUCUCGGGCUUCUUCCUCGUCAAUGCUCUCAACCUCUGCACUAUCCCCUUCCGGAGCGCCAAUUCCAUCUCAAACAUCUCGUCAUGGGCUCGCGGUCUGGGUGGUGUCGUCACCCCUCCGCCCGUUGAUCCGUUCAAGGUCGCGUCAAACGGCUUGGACAUGGUCCUCGACGUUGCCAGAGAGGAAGGGCGGGAGACUAUCAUUACGGUUCUCACACCGAUCCGCUACGAACUGGAGUUCCCUUCUGUUCACUAUGAUCUUCCCCGAAAAGUCGGAAAGGAUGACGAGGAAGGCUUUAGCGACCUCGCCGACUACGGCGUCGGUGGUCGGAUGGUUGGUGGCAUUCUCAAGAGUCUUGAGGACCCCGUCCUGUCCAAAUGGAUCGUGGUUGCGCUGGCAUUGAGUGUGGCGUUAAACGGCUAUCUCUUCAACGCAGCAAGAUGGGGCAUCAAGGACCCUAAUGUCCCCGACCAUCCAAUUGACCCCAAGGAACUCGCAGCGGCGCAAAAGUUUAACGAUACCGAAUCCGCUGCUCUUCCAGUCGGAGGAUACACGCGGUCAACGCCGUCUCCGCAGUCUGUCCCGCCAACUCCCGCAUUGACGGAUGAUGAAGGCGAGUCCAUAGGAAAGGUCACCCGGUCGGAACCGGCAGUGCCGGAACAGCCAAUGUCUAUCCGCAGCAAGGAGGAGAUGGAACAGAUGCUCCUGGAAAAGCGCACCCACGAACUUAACGAUGAAGAGGUCAUCGCACUUUCGAUGCGCGGCAAGAUCCCUGGCUACGCAUUGGAGAAGACGCUCAAGGACUUCACUCGCGCUGUCAAGGUUCGCCGGACUAUCAUCUCCCGGACCAAGGCAACUGCGGACUUCACGGGCCUCCUCGAACGGUCCAAGCUGCCUUACCAGAACUACAACUGGGCCCAGGUCCACGGUGCGUGCUGUGAGAACGUUAUUGGAUACAUGCCCCUGCCCGUCGGCGUUGCCGGACCGCUGGUUAUCGACGGCCAGAGCUACUUCAUUCCCAUGGCCACCACCGAAGGCGUCCUGGUCGCAAGCACGAGCAGAGGGUGCAAGGCUAUCAAUUCAGGUGGUGGUGCUGUUACAGUUCUGACUGCCGAUGGCAUGACCCGUGGUCCCUGCGUCACCUUCGAGACGCUUGAGAGGGCCGGUGCCGCCAAGCUCUGGCUAGACUCGGAGAAGGGCCAAACGAUCAUGAAGAAGGCGUUCAACUCUACUAGCCGCUUCGCUCGCCUUGAGACCAUGAAGACGGCUCUCGCUGGGACCAAUCUUUACAUCCGGUUCAAGACGACGACUGGCGAUGCCAUGGGCAUGAACAUGAUCUCGAAGGGCGUCGAGCACGCGCUGAGCGUCAUGAUGAGCGAGGGCUUCGAGGACAUGAACAUCGUGUCGGUCAGCGGGAACUACUGCACGGACAAGAAGCCUGCGGCCAUCAACUGGAUUGACGGGCGCGGCAAGAGUGUGGUUGCCGAGGCCAUCAUCCCUGCUGACGUGGUCAAGAGCGUGCUCAAGACAGAUGUCGAUACCAUGGUGGAGCUCAAUGUUAACAAGAACCUGAUCGGUUCCGCCAUGGCAGCCUCGGUCGGUGGCUUCAACGCGCAUGCCGCGAACAUUGUGGCGGCCGUGUUCCUCGCAACGGGUCAGGAUCCGGCGCAGGUGGUGGAGAGCGCGAACUGCAUCACUAUCAUGAAGAACCUCCAUGGCUCCCUUCAAAUCUCGGUCUCCAUGCCCUCACUUGAGGUCGGCACCCUCGGCGGCGGCACCAUUCUCGAGCCCCAGUCUGCCAUGCUCGACAUGCUCGGCGUCCGCGGUCCUCACCCGACCAACCCGGGCGAGAAUGCCAGACGGUUGGCCCGCAUCAUCGCAGCCGCUGUUCUGGCCGGCGAGCUGUCCCUCUGCUCCGCCCUGGCAGCCGGUCACUUGGUUAGGGCUCACAUGCAACACAACCGCUCUGCCCCGCCGACUAGGAGUGCGACGCCAGCGCCGCUGGCCAUGACCAGCGGCGGCCUGGAGAGGGCUGCAUCCACGACUGCACUAAGCGCGGCCGCCGUCGAGCGUCGCCGGCACUGA